CUCAUUUCAACAUAUACCCCUUCCUCACCAUCCAUUUUCCCCAUUCCCUUUCUUCUCCCUCCACCUCCAUCUCCACCUCCCCCGUUUUAUGUACCACCCAGAUACAGAUUCUCCACUCCACUCACCUCUCUCUCUCUCUCUCUCUCUCUCUCUGUCGGUCUCUCUCCUUCUCUCAGAUCUGCUCUUUGUUUGCUUUUUUGCUUUUUCUUUCCAAAGUCAUACCCUUUAUCACUUCCAUCACUCUUUUUAUAUAUACACCUAUAUAUAUAUGUUAUAUAGCACUAGCUGCAUUCUUUGUUUGCUUCCAUUGCUCUUCUGGAGGCCUCUUUGUUGAAGAACACCAACAAACCCAGAUCAUGUGAGGAGAGACUAUGGUUAAAACUAAAGGAGAACUAAAAGUAAGCUUUGGCUAUCAAUGCAAUAGCAACAGAGGCAGUUUUUGUGAGGAUUCCGAUGAAUAUGAAACCUUGCCUGAACUCCGAAGGAACAGUAGUUUCUCUUGCUUGUCUGGUGCUGCAAUAGGAGCAAAUGCCACUCUGGCAAACACAAAUAUCUGCAAUGGUUUGAUAGGGGUAGAAAUACUUCCUAGUUGGGACUCUCCUAAUUCAUUUCGUAGAGUUCCCUCUUCACCAGCUAUGUCGAGGUUGGAUAUAUUAUCAUCUUCUCUUCAGAGUAGUAUGUCAAACUUAAGUUGCAGUCCGUCUACGCCUGAUUCUGAUUCUUACUUAAUGAAAACCACGAGUCCUUCCAGAAAUGAAGGUUUUCUUAAUGGUAUGGAAGUGCAAGUGGCGGGUGGAGCUGCUGGUGAAGACAGGGUUCAAGCUGUUUGUUCUGAAGAAAAUGAGUGGCUCUUUUGUGCAAUUUAUGAUGGUUUCAAUGGAAGAGACGCAGCUGAUUUUCUGGCUGGGACACUGUAUGAAACCAUCGUAUUUCACUUUAAUUCAUUAGACUGGGAAUCAAGUCAGGAAUCCAUCAAAACUUCUAAUGGUCUACAUAUAGAUGGGUCCCUUCCAUUUAUAGGAGAUGGUAGAAAUACUAUCAGCAAAGAAAGAUUUUCAUCCAGAAUUUAUACACAAAAGGAUUCAAGUGUUGACCAUAUCUCUGAGAAUGCUCCAUGUGCUAAAGUAAAAACAUCAACUGAUUCAUUUAGGCACAGGGUGCUUGAUAGUCUCCACCGAGCUCUUAGUCAGGCUGAGAAUGAUUUUCUGUACAUGGUUGACCAGGAAAUGGUGGAUCGCCCAGAUUUAGUUUCUGUUGGGUCUUGUGUUUUAGUUGUGCUUCUACAUGGGAAGGAUUUGUACACACUAAAUUUAGGUGACAGCCGAGCUGUAUUGGCAACAUAUGGUGAUGGUUAUUUAAUGAGUCGGAGUGAGAGGUUAAAAGCUAUCCAGCUCACUGAUAGUCAUACAGUUGAUGACGAAAGUGAAAGAAUGCGAGUUUUGUGUGAACAUCCUGACGAUCCCAUGACCGUCGUGGCUGGAAAAGUAAAAGGGAAAUUGAAGGUCACUCGAGCUUUUGGAGUUGGUUACUUGAAAAAGAAAAACCUGAAUGAUGCAUUGAUGGGAAUUCUUCAAGUUCGUAACCUUAUAAGCCCACCAUAUGUUUCCACUCAACCAUCGUUGAAUGUGCAUAGAAUAUCAAUAUCUGAUUGCUUUGUAGUACUUGGUAGUGAUGGCUUGUUUGACUUUUUUACCAAUGACGAGGCAGUAAAGCUUGUCCACUCCUAUAUCUUGAGCAACCCCUCCGGCGAUCCAGCUAAGUUUCUGCUUGAGCAGCUUGUAGUAAGAGCAGCCAAUUCUGCAGGUUUCAGUAUGGAAGAACUCAUGAACAUUCCAGCAGGAAGGCGCAGGAAGUAUCACGACGAUGUAACAGUAAUGGUGAUUAUUCUCGGGACAAAUCAGCGCACGACAAGGGCGUCAACUUGCGUGUAAGAUUAUUUUUUGUGGUGUAAUAGAAUGUUUAAUAUUUUUGUGGUUCCAAAUUGUAUAUAGUUGGAUGUCAGAGAUAUACUUUGCUCCUGCUCUAUAAUAAUGUUUAUAGUUUAUCAA